AAAAAAGCUGACCACUUUUGGUAUAUGGAAAAGGCAAUGUUGCCUCAAUCUGGUAGUAAUGUGCCAUUUCAAACGUUGGAUAAGGCAGCUAAAAAGUCAUCCGACGUCGCAGGCUAGCGGACAUCACCUCUCUCAUGCGCUUCUUGGCGCCGGCAAUUGACGGGCGGCGCAUAAGUCCGAAACUAAGAUGCUAUUGCACUUACCUCACCGAUUAGAUUAAGCCAGUUACUCAAUUUGUAUGGGGAAAAAUAAAACAGCUGUAAUGUGUUAGCCGGGCUCUAUGGAGUCGCUGGUAUAUAACGCCUCUGCCGCCCCUAGAUGCAGGAACUGGACAGAGCAGCUUCUAACUCCAGUCAUUCUUUUCAUAAAGCUAUCACCACAUUCUUUUAUAAUCCAAACACAAAAUGCACGCCAAAAUGAUGUAUUCGACAAUUGUUACCGCGGCCAUUAUGGGCAGCGUUGGUGCUAAGCCGGUUCAGUCUCGAGACAGCUCAACAAACUCCUGCCCAGCACCUGCUGCCAAGGUUGAUGUUGCUAACACGGGAAAUCAGCCAACGAUGGAGAAGCUUGUAAUGACACCAGCAACUCCUCCAUCGGUGACUCCUGGUGAUGACCUCAAUCUCGCCAAAGCAGACAGCUUCUACUGGGUCCUGCCUGAGCAAGGUGUUAUGGCCAACAUGACGGUGGCAGCCAAGACUGGAUAUCGAAUCCUCAACUCCCACAGCUUCUCCAAUCUUGUGCAGAAGGUGGACUGUGCCGCUGAUGACACUAUCAAGGUAACUAUGUCGAGUAACGGCAACACGAAAGCUGCCGAGACAUCAUGGGCCUGGGUCAAUAAGGAGCCGUCCAACACAGCUGUCUACAUUGUCGAUGGCGCAAAUUGCGGCGGUCAGCAUGGUAGACAGCCAUACUAUGUGACGAGUAUCGAGUACGAUCACGACAACAUGAUUGCAUCAAUGGCUGCAAAGCUGGGUGAAUGGACCGACUUUAUCGAUGACGCCGAGAUCAAUAUUAAAGGCGAAAUGGCUCCCCAGACCCAUGGAACUAACAGCACUCUUGUUUCACGCGGGUUAUCCAAGCGCUUAUCCAAGCAUGUUGCCAUUCACAUCGAUCACGACUUCUCCAGCCCAAUCAUCGCCACAAACGUCAAGGGUGUCACUGUUGGUGUAUCCUGUGCCGAAUGCAAAACUCAAGGUACUCUUGACGCAGACAUCUCUCUCUCCUGGAAGCACGGAUUCCAAGCCUCCGUUACGGCGCGCGAUAAUGUCGCUCUUAGUGCGCUCAUAAGUUUAUCAGCAUCCGGCACGUUUGUUGACCCUAUCGUGUCCAAGUCUGUCCGCAUCGGCACCAUAGGACUCCCAGGCCUUUCCAUUGGCGGCAUUGUGGAUAUUGGCCCAGAACUUACUCUUGAUGCAAAAGCUUCGCUUGGGGGAGUCUCAGCAAAGGCGGAGGCCAAGUUUGGUGGUGUGAUGUCUUUUGCAAAUGGUCAGACGAUAUCCAUCGGCAAAGGUAGCACAACCAUUCACCCAUCCUUUAGCGCUCUUCCUCCCAGUUUGACUGGCUCUGUCUCAGUUAGCGGAAGUGUCAACCCCCUCUUCACACUCAAUGUGUCUGCUUUGUUCCUUGGAAAGGGUGUUACUGGUGGUGUAGCGGUCGCAGCACCAAUCCUCUCUGUUAGCGCCGGCGCUGCCGUCUCGGCACAGCAGCAGACCUGCGCCAAUACUACUGCGGCCGUGAAUUUUGCCGUCAGUGUUGGCAUGUCGGUUGACACAUUUGCUGGAUUUGGUUCCCCUGGUUCUGAGCCUAACAAGAAGGUACUCAUCUCAAAGACACAGCCUUUGCUCAACAAGUGCAUUGCUCUUGUUUAGACCACCAGCAAGACUCGCGCUCUGCUCAGACCCAUUUGUCAUGUACAAACGAUACUAAUACUGUGCCUUACAAUAUCGAGCUUUAAAUACAUAAUUUUGUCUAUCAACACGCCCUCGGCUCGUAGCCUUUGCUCCGUAGCCUUUGCUCCGUAGCUUCUGCUCCAUAGCCUCGGACGCGUUGCCCCUGCGGAUACCAUUUUGAACGUGGAAUGUAACGUAAAGCGACAAUCUUCUGGACCAAAGACAAAUACACGUGCGAAAAAGAUUGGAUGCAAGGUACAAUGAACUAAGUUGUGUUAAUUGGAUACUUCUACAUAUUAGAUCGUUAUAUCUUGGCUCAGUCGAUUCUGCUACUAGCGCUAUGCAAGUGCUGACCGGAGAUUUGUAGGUGCUUGCUAGUUGCACUGGGGCGGAAAUGUAUAUUGCCA